GGGGUGGGUGAUGGUUGUACGCAUGCGCGCAGUAAGCGUGUGAUAGGAAAAGAAACAUAACUAGCUAACGCGUAGCUUGUUUUCACGAAACAAAAAUGGAUCCACAGAAAGAUCUUCAGCCACCCAAACAACAACCUAUGAUCUACAUAUGUGGAGAGUGUCACACGGAAAAUGAAAUUAAGGCCCGUGAUCCAAUCCGAUGCAGAGAGUGCGGCUACAGAAUCAUGUACAAGAAGAGAACAAAGAGAUUGGUGGUCUUUGAUGCUCGAUGAAGAGGAGGAGAGCAGCAGUUCUGAUAGUUUUUGUUGUUUGAUUUUUUUGUAGUAUAUAACUAUGUAAAUAAAAAGAUCUCCAGUCUUG